CACCACCCAACAUCGCCAUCUCUCACGUCCCUAUCAUCAGCGACCGACUUCAAGAGAUAUCUGCUCACGCCUGCUCAAGCAUCAACGUAGGAACUACCUAGACGCGUCGUAACAAGUUGCUCAUUGUUUGAUAGAAAAUCCGUCAUCACCACCACCCUCGUCGCCAUGUCCACCAACGGUGAAAGCCCAGCACCCGAAGCCGCCGGUGACUCAAGAGAUCCUAGCGGUUUCCUCAGUGAAAUCAUCGGAGCUCCUGUCACUGUCAAGCUGAACUCUGGUAUCAUCUACAAAGGCGACCUUCAGUCAGUAGAUGGCUACAUGAACAUUGCACUGGAGCGAUGCAAGGAGGUAUCUGAGGGACGCGUCACCCGCAAUUGGGGAGAUGCUUUCGUCCGUGGUAACAAUGUCACAUACAUCUGCGCAGACAAGGCAUGAGGAGCCGCAGCUUUCCAGUCCAGAAGCAGGGUGGAUGUGGCGACAAGCCACACGUGAUGAUCGAUGACCCGUAUCUUACACAUACUCCGCGCCAACGGAAGCUUGGACGACCGUCAUCAAGUAUACACCUUACGCUUUCACAAAUGAUUCAAUAUCAAAGCUGAUUGUCUGGUGGUACGAGUGGCAGUCACGCACACUUCUGAAUUGCUCUUAAGUCUCUGAGCGCUGUCCUCUGUAUCAACUCAUCUUCACCUCCACCCCAAUGUAGUCAACGAUGAAGACUAUAUACGUAUCCCUCU